AUGGAUGGUGGACUUGGGCUAGAACUCUGUUUCGACGGCGAGGGUUCGAGCCCAGAUAACCUCAUAAGGAGAACAAGUCAACGAAAACCAACUUUGAAAACUGUGUCUUCGCCCGGAAUAGACUUUUAUGAUGUCAUUUCCGGUAAUAUGAAUUCCAACAAAUUGGGACUUCCUCCAAUAUUCGACCGCAGCAGAACCCUCAGUGAAUCCUCGGAUUAUAACUCGUCCGUUUCAAGACGCGCCCGGAAACAGAGCGAGUCCUCCAUUUUGGAUUUGGUAUCAAGGUCACCGCACAGUUUCUCGUCGUCGUCUGCGAAUUCUCAUAUUUCCGGAAGUCAUCCACAUACUCGUCAGUCCCGGACAAAAUCGCUGAGUACAACAGACCAGGCGAACAACAACUCUAGUAAGCUCGGAACGUUAUUCGAACAGACCUUCAAUGAACUGAAUAGAAAACCAGAGACAGGUUCGAUUACAGAUAGAGGAACAAUGCCAAGUAAAACAAGUGUUCUCAGAACACGUUCCAAUCCACUCGAGAGCACAGCGACAGUUGGAGGAAAACUAGCUAGUGUAAAAGCGAGCUCGAGGGCCACAAAUGUAUCCGUCAAUUCCAAAGGGUUCACAAAACCACCCCUGAAAAGAAUCAAUUCAGACCCCAAAUCGAAUCUAGAACGAAAAAAUUCCAAGUAUUCCCCACAAAGACAAACCGUGAACAAUUCGUCACCCAAACCCUCGCUCGGCUUCAAUUUAGAGAAAAGACUAAGUUUGGAUUCUAACGGGAACUCAAAACCCAGUGUUCGAACGCCACACACAAAGAGACAGCCGCCUUUCAAUAAACAACAACGAAUCGAACGUUUAAAAUCGAAUGCAAAUGACGAUCUGAGUGAGAGUGAAAGCGAGGAGGAAUUCGAUGAACGCGUUUUGGAAUGGCUGGAGGGGGUGCGAGAAGCAGAAGCUCCCCCUGAGCAAGAGAUCGUGUACGAGGACACCCCACCCCAAUCUGACAAUGCUAUCCAUAUUGUGUACCAAGACUCGUGA